AGCAGCAAGCGGUGAUUUCCGCCGGUGAUCCGUCAUUAUUUAUUUCGCUAGCUGAGCCUUGGGCAAACGUAACAAAAUCUGUCGGGAAAGGAUGAAUGUUCAAAAUUCUCCCACACCUUCGGUCCAAGAGAAUGUCCUGGGAUUGGUGGAUAGCAUCAUACGUCAUGUUCCGGAAGCAAGUACUCAAAUCGACAAUACGGCAAUUCUGUCAUCUACCAAUGCCGAAAUGACCGACCAGCCAGGCAAGACGGAAAACCGAAGGAUAUUGAAAAUGAAACAGCAGCUUGCGAAACAGAAUAACUUCAUCAGCGAGUUGAAGAAGAAGAUACAAACGCUGGCAGGUCUCACGUCCAAGUCGAUUUCGGACCAUGAAGAACUUGCGUUUCUCCGAAGCAGACUGGAUAAAGAGAAUGAACUGCUGAAGAAUCUACUGAAAGCCAUCAUUGAGGAGCAGAAAAAAGAUAAAACUCAAACGUGGGAACCGAUCGCGUUGUGCAGUGAUCCGCUGGACGAUGUUUGCCGAAACCCUUGGAUGCUGGGAAACGUUGCGACUCCCGGUCAACGAUUUUCAUUCGAUUCCAAUUUAUCGUCGCUUAGUUCCAAGGAGCCAAUAGACCAUGAGGCUGAGUCCGGUGGAAUGAACGAAAGAUUACACAAGGAACUGAUGAAUCGAGAUCGUGUCAUUGAAAUUUUGCAGAACCGUGUUGAUGCGUUAACUGCCGAUGUGCUGCAGGUAAAACGGGAUAACGUCACCGUGCUGAGUAAGGCUCCGAAAGGUUCUAAAUUUUGCGAAGCCGAUAUGAUGAGCCGACUACGAUUUUACAAGAAUAACACGGAUGCUUUGGAACGGAAUCUGAGUCAAAUGGGUGCUGCAUUGAAUGUCAUACGUUCGGAACUGGGCACUCACCUCUCCGAUGAUCCCAAAGAACCAAUAUGUAACAGUACUUUCAUCGAUCCGAGCGUUGUAAACAAAAUUAUAGACGAAGGUAGAAAAACGUCAGUAUCUCCGAAACCCGAUGAAGACCAGUACAAUAUCCUACUGAAGGAGCUUGUCAGAAAAUCGAAGGAGUGUAAAAAAUUGACUGAUCUUAUGGCAAAAUCUUGUUCAUGUCAGGAUGCAAACCUAGAAAGCACCGAAUUAGAGCUACUCAAGAAACGAUGCACCGAGCUGUUGGAUGAGCAGGAGGAGUUUAAGGUUCUUAUAAAGGAGCAAGCUGACCAAUUGGAAGAGUACCGAAACAAGUACAUUGAUGCUCAGCAAAAUGUCGAAGAACAGAAACUUCAAAUGAACAAAAUGGAAGUCACUAACAGACAGAUCGAAGAGCAGAUCAACAUUGAAGUUCAAAGGAUCAAGCUGAAGUUUCAGGAUAAACUACGUCAACUUGCGCCCUUUCCGCGGCUUCUGGAGGCCGAAGAACAGCGGGUACACGAUUUGAAGAAAUCAAACGAAAAACUGUUGGACGAACUGAAAAAAUCUGCCAGAGAAAUCAAAACUUUAGAACAUCGUCUGCACAAUGUACAUUCGUCACAAAACAGCGAGCUCGAAAAAGCACACGAGCUGCUCAAAGUUGAAGUGGGUCAGCUGACGGACCUGCUGCAAGAAGCAGAUAAAACCAAAUCGAAACUCGAGGAGAAGGUGGCUGCCGCGCAGAAGGAACUGGAUGAAGUACGCUCCGAAACAGCGAGAAUCAUUGCCAGGGCUCACGAUCGGGCCCAGGAAGAUCGAAAGAUGGCUCAAGCCAAGCAGCACGGUCUGGAGAAAGAACUGGCACAGUGUCGAGCGGCCGCUGCCGUUACCAUCGGGAAUCGGGACGAGGCUCUGCGUGAGAUGCAAGGUCAGAUAGGGGUGCUUUCCGCUAGCUUCGACGAUGCCCAGAUUCAGAUUCACUUAUUGCGCAAUCAGCUCACCUUCAUGCGAAAUGAACAGCAUGGGUCACGCAUUUGAAUGACGGAUUGUGGAAGGUUUUCGUUUUUGGUUGUCAUUAUUUUUUUGAAAUAAAUUUUUGUACUUGAUUAA